UUGGACCGUAACUUCCAGAAAGUUGGUUAGUCUGUGUGAGGUUUAUAUAGACAAGUCACAGACUCUUCCUACAUGUCCUCGUAACUUCGAAAUUCCUUCACUCUGUAUUUCGAAUAUGCAAGUGACAAGACACAACAAUGCGCGCUUCCAAGUUCUCGAGCGCCAUGUUCGAAGUACUUGAUACCAUCAACUCCGGACCUCCGAAGGGUCACUAAAGUCAUCUGGUCGGUCACAGUACCGUAUGUCUAUUUCUGAUGCUUUAUCUCAACUCUAUCCUGUAUUUGAGAAGUGGUAAUGGGUCCCGUGCUAGCUUUCUUCUUCCCUAAGUCCCAGGUCCUCCUUUCUCCCAUAACCGUCUAGCGAGUGGAAAUGCCCAGCUUAACAUUGCCCGAGUGUGGGCGCUAUAUCUCGCCUCCGGCCACAAAUGAGGACUUAGAGUUUGCAGACCUGGCCAUCAUUGAUCUUUCCAAGGCCCAUACGCCGGAAGGACGGGCAGAGCUCUAUCCCCAACUUCGAGAUGCACUGCGCACCUACGGCUUUGUUUAUGCUAUAAAUCAUGGUUAUAGCCAGGCUCAGCGCGAUAGGAUCUUUGACAUAGCUAAUGUCCCUUUCACCGUUGUUCCUCCGGAUGAAAUGAAGACGUACGCUGCGAACAUCGAGAAAGUUGGGUACUAUGCAGGUUUUAAAGCUCGUCAAUUCUGGAAAGUCGACGCGGAGAAUCAAGUUCUCGAUCAGAUCGAGCACUAUGGAAUUAACAAGGACGUCACAAGGCGUCCGCACCCUCAGGCCUUGCGUCCGUUCCUCCCGGAAAUCGAUGCCUUCGCCCGACAUAAUCACUUCAACGUUGUCCAUCCAAUCCUUCGCUUGCUCGCUUUGAGCCUCGAGUUGCCCGAGGAGACUCUAGUACAAAGACACAACUUUAACGGCACAGGAGAAGCAUGUGUCAGAUUUAUGAAAUAUUAUAGGCGCACCAAGGAAGAAGAGGAGAAAUCUAAAAAUGUCUGGUUGAAAGGACAUACAGGUACAUUUUAUUUCACUACUUGUCGUUAUAUGUCCCUCAACCAUGCAGACGUUGGCAGCGUCACCAUUCUGUGGAGCCAACCUGUCGGAGGCCUGCAAAUUCAGGCUCCAGACGGCAGAUGGAAAUGGGUCCGCCACAUCGAGAACGCUUUGGUCAUCAACACAGGUGACAUGAUGGAUUUCUUCAGUGGUGGUUACUAUAAGCCCACGAUUCAUCGCGUCGUACAGCCUCCUGAGGAUCAGCACAACUACGACCGUCUGGGCGUAUUCUUCUUCUCAAUGCCAGAUGAUAAUGUUCGCUUAAUACCGUGUGUUGAGAGCCCGGUACUCUGCAAGUUCGGCAUCCAACGCCGGUGCCCUGACGAGGACGCCCCGCUGUGCGCAGCGUGGAGGAAGGGAAGGACAACAACGUAUGGUAGGUCUGAUCUUAAGAAGGGAAUAGAGCACAAUGUCGAAGAGGAGGUCAUUGAGGGGAUAGUGGUGAAACAUUACAACUAAGGAGUCGCAGACUACCCGUGUACGCAUGUCUCGAAAUAGUUAUGGUGUAUACGAUAUUGAUCAGCAAAUUUUGAAACUCUAUAACCAUUUGGAAAAGGCCGCAGAAGUGGUAUGUAUACAAACAGUGCUCCU